AUGGAGAGUCUGCUGGAUAACCCCAUGAAAGCCGUCCUCUACCUGAAGGAGCUGACUACUAUCGUGCAGAACCAGCAGAGCCUCAUCCAGACGCAGCGCCAGCGUAUCGACGAGCUUGAGCGGAAGGUGGAAGAUCUCAUCGGCGAGAACCGUCAACUGCGGGACCCUCACCACUACGUGCCCCAGCCACCAGCGCCCACGGCCCACCAACAUCACCACCAUCAUCACCCCGCGACCACCACAACCUCUCACCGCAGCGCCAGUCCCCAAGCACCGGGGCACCUGCACCAGCACGCGGCCGGAGCUAGCAAAGCCUCCUCGACUCAUCACCAGCCCGUGGCACAGCCGCCGCAGCAGCACCACCAUCAUCAUCACCAUCAUCCGCAGACCGCCCCUGCCGCUGCUCCUCCCGCCUCCCAUCAUCAUCCUCAGCAGCUGCAGCUCGUGCCAACCUCGCCCCAGUCGCCUAAAGGAAACCAGGCCAGUCCUGACUCGCACGAGGAGGACAAGAGGAGCCCGUGCUGCAAGUCCCUGGUCCCGCAGACCCCCACCACGCUCUGCCGCUCCGUGGGAAUAGCCCGGAAAGCAGAAAACCAAACUGUGCUACACCAGUUCUGUUGCCCCGCCCCUGACGCUCCAGAGGCAGAAACCUCAACUGCUUGUGUCCCCAGCGAUGACCAAUCUCCAGCGCCUUCUGGUGGGGAGGAGGGGAAGGGAGGUGAAACCGAGGGGGAGAAGAUUGAGAUCCAGGCACAACCCCAACCAGAACCUCCCCAACCAGAAGUCCCACAACAAGAAGAGAAACCACCGCCGCCAGUGCAACCGAGCAAACCCGAAAUCCAACCACAACCUCAAGAAGAACCAGAACCUCCCCCAGAACCCCACCCUACGCCCCCUCCUUCCCCUGAACCUGACUCUGAACCAGAACUGGAAUCUGCUCCACAGGUUCAGAUUCCAAGCCCAAUAGAACCACCACAAGAACUGCCACAAGAACUACCACAAGAACUACCACAGGAGCCUACACCUAUUCAAGAGGAGACGAAGACAGAAGAAGUAGUAGAAGAAGAAGUUGCAGAAGUUAAGACGAAGCAAGAGGAGUCUAAACCACCAGAAGAGGAAGAUGAGGAUGAAGGGGGAGGAGCCAAAGGGGGCAUGGCAGGGAGAAGAGCCAGUCUGCACCACACAGCAUCGCCUCUCAGGGUACAGCGAAACGGGGCUGGAUCGCAUCCCAAAACGUCCGACUAUGAGCUCUCACUUGACCUCAAAAAUAAGCAGAUCGAAAUGUUAGAGCAGAAGUACGGCGGGCAUUUCAUCUCGCGCCGCGCUGCCUGCAAGAUCCAGACCGCCUUCCGCCAGUACCAGCUCAGCAAGAACUUUGAGAAGAUCCGUAAUUCCCUCCUGGAGAGCCGGCUGCCCAGGCGGAUCUCCAUGCGGAAAGUCCGAGUCCCCAACACCGAGGGCUUCUCCGCUGAACGAGCUCUGGCUGAAGGCUGCAACCUGGCGGGCAUACCCCUUGUGCGCUCCCCCUCACUGCCCGCCACAGUGGGAGGCACCCUGACCGACCUGGAAGAUUCCUUUACAGAGCAAGUCCAGUCACUGGCCAAGUCUAUAGAUGAUGCUCUGAGCAACUGGAGUCUCAAGACAAUGUGCUCUUUGCAGGAAGGAGGUGGAUAUCAAUUUACUUCCGAUGCAACAAGUGGAGGAGGAGAAGGUGGCGAAUCUCAAGGUCCUACAGAUCCAAGUGAACUGUCAAGAAGUGCCAGCAAACUGAUGAUGGCCAUACGCGAUGUGACUGUUCAGAUAGACAACCAGAAUAUUACGGUUUCGUCAUCCGUGGUGGAGACAUCUGCUUCGGUAAACCUGACCAGCUGCACACAACAACAAGCUACUUCAACACCCACGCCAGCUUCCACGGCUCAAGAGCAACCGCCCCCUCCUCCUCCACCUGAAGUCCCAGUGAAAACUACAGUUCCACCACCACCACCCCAAGAACCUCCGCCCCCUCCCCCAGAAACGGAGAUAGCUGAUAUGGAUGAACAAGAUGUAGAGUUCCCUGCUCCACCUCCCAGUGAAGAAGAGCUGGAACAACCCCCACUGACACCUCUAGAUAAAAUCCCGCCAGUAGAAGACAUAGUAAUCCCCGCUCCACCUCCACCGCCCCCCGUACAACCACCCCAAGCCCCUCCAACUACAGCCACACACCAGCAGGCGGUCCCAGGACACUCUCCAGUGGUAGAGACUUUGGAGGUGAAGAGGUGUAGCUCGGAGAUGGCAGAUAACAGUUCAGAACAGAUGAGCAGUAGUAGCGCUUCAACAGAGGCGCGUUCCACGUCGGAAGCUUCAUCGAAAGAGGCGCUGCAGGCCAUGAUCCUGAGCCUUCCCCGGUACCACUGUGAGAACCCGGCCAGCUGCAAGUCACCCACGCUGUCCACUGACGUCAUGAGGAAGCGCCUGUACCGCAUCGGGCUCAACCUCUUCAACGUAAACCCAGACAAAGGCUUGCAGUUCCUGAUUUCCAGAGGCUUCAUCCCAGACACUCCCAUCGGUGUAGCCCACUUCCUGCUGCAGAGGAAGGGCCUGAGUCGCCAGAUGAUCGGAGAGUUCCUGGGAAACAGCAAGAAGCCGUUCAACAGAGAUGUACUUGACUGUGUCGUGGAUGAGAUGGACUUCUCAGGCAUGGAGCUGGAUGAAGCAUUGAGGAAGUUUCAAGCUCAUAUUCGAGUCCAAGGAGAAGCUCAGAAGGUGGAACGGCUAAUUGAGGCCUUCAGCCAACGCUACUGCAUGUGUAACCCAGACAUCGUGCAACAGUUUCACAACCCUGACACCAUCUUCAUCCUGGCUUUUGCCAUCAUCCUGCUCAACACCGACAUGUACAGUCCCAACAUCAAACCUGACCGCAAGAUGCUACUGGAGGAUUUCAUACGCAACUUAAGAGGUGUGGAUGACGGGGCAGACAUCCCCAGAGACAUGGUGGUGGGGAUCUAUGAGAGGAUCCAGCAGAGGGAGUUACGCUCCAACGAAGACCACGUUACCUAUGUGUCCAAAGUGGAACAGUCCAUCGUGGGCAUGAAAACGGUGCUGUCUGUGCCUCACCGCAGACUGGUGUGCUGCAGCCGUCUGUUUGAGGUGACAGAUGUCAGCAAACCCCAGAAACAGGCAGCUCACCAGAGAGAAGUCUUCCUCUUCAAUGAUCUAAUUGUGAUCUUGAAGUUAUGUCCAAAAAAGAAGAGCUCUGCUGCAUACACUUUUUGCAAAGCCAUGGGCCUACUUGGCAUGCAGUUCCAUCUUUUUGAAAAUGAAUAUUACCCCCAUGGCAUCACCAUCCUUUCACCAUUUGGUUCAGACAAGAAGCAGGUUUUUAACUUCUGUGCACAGAGUGCGGAGGAGCUGCUCAAGUUUGUUGAGGAUUUAAAAGAGUCCAUUGCAGAGGUGUCAGAGAUGGAGCAGAUACGCAUUGAAUGGGAACUGGAGAAACAGCAGGGGGCGAAGGCGCACACGGUGAAAAAUGGAACACAGCUCGAGCUUCGUGGCAAACAACCUUCUCCAUCAGGGCAGCGGGAGGUAGAUGACAGAAGUGGACACAAUGCGAUGGAGGUGUCAAUUCACAACAGGCUUCAGACGUACCAGCUCAGCAGCAUGGCUCGGACCCCAGAGAGCGCGGCCCUUCUUAACCACCAGGGGGAGCUGCUCUUCCAGCAGGGCCUGAGCCACCGACAGCAUCCAGAGCUGCAGUCUGCGACCAGCACCCCCUGUCACACUGUCCCCCUGCAGCACCAGCCCGCCGUCAGCCUGGUGGACCUGCGGCCUGACGCGCUCAUCCAGUGUCAACAGAUCGUCAAAGUCUUCAUGCUGGACAACAGCGGACAUGGCCGCGUGGAGGCCUUCCUCAGCCAGACUCCCACACACCACCACUACCAGCACCAGCUCAGCCGGUCCGCCAUGUCUACCCCGGUGCGCUCCCCUGACGGAGGGCAUCAGCCGCCUCUCCCCCUCCCCCCACCCUAUAACCACCCCCACCAGUACAUACCCCCGGACCCUCGUCUCAGUUUGCACCGGACCCCCAGCGGCUCGCGGAGUAUGGUGUAA